AAAGAACUGUGAAAGGGAAACCGUACGUCGAGAAAGAAAGUGCGGAAUUGGAUAUGAACCAUCAAUUUUUAGAAGGAUCCUUUUUAGAAUUCGUUUCGUUUUCUAAAUUCUUCUUCCUGAGAAGAAAUAUUUCAGCAUAAGACGAAACAGCGGAAAUAAGAACCUUUUCCAGCCCUCGUAUAAGGUAUCUAAAAUGGAGAAUAGAGGAAAUACGGAUAGAAGACUUGGUCCUUUGCAUACUAGUGGAAAUGCAAUGGUAACAACAGCCUACAAGGCCUACAAGAGAGUAGAAUUAUUGGCUAAUCCAAUUGGCACAAUAGCACAAAAACUAGGUAGAGUUGUGAAGCCAACUGUUUACAUUCUGCAAAAUCACUGGCUUGCAAUCCUCUCUUACGCAGAUGAUCAAAUCUUAUUUGUUGAAAAGGCCAUUGAGAAUGUCUUCCCACCAUCCAGCUACAUCUUCAACAAGAUCGACACCCUUGUACAUGUCACCGAGACCCUGCCGGCAAGAUUUGACAAUGCAGCCGACAAAUUACCAGCGAUAAUACAACGAGUGCCGUAUUUGGAAUGGGCAUUUGCCCAAUUGUUUCUGAUAUUGAGUUUCUUGAUUAGUACACUAACUAAUUGGGGAGUGGAUGGAGCUAAUGAGAAAGAGAUUAGAAUUGACACAAAUUCUCAUGAUGGAAUUGCUACAAAUAAUCGUGGGCUCACUGGAAUUGAAGAAAUGUGUAUCCCAAACAGUACGGGCAAUGACACUGGGGAAUGUGAGAUAAAGGAAGAAAUUGAGAAACAAAUCAAGGAGACAUACAAAGACAUAUUGGUUAAGAAAAAAGAUGUUAAUGAAGAAGAGAUUAAUGAAAAGAAUGGCGUAGCAACUAGUUAUAAGACAAUAUUAGAGAUGGGUAUGAAGGAAAGUGAAGAUAAAAUGGGCCAACAGCAGCAAGGAGAACAAUCCGACAACAAAGAAAUUGGUGGUUUAACAUGUAAGGAAAUUUUGAUGGCUACGAGGAACAAAGAAGAUGGUCGUCAAGUAGAUGCUGAAACGAUUUUAAAUAUUCCAACAUGUGUGAAAGAUUACAGGCUCACUGCACAAUAGCUGAGAUCGAGCCGUGCUGAGCGCAAGUUGGAAACAAGAACAAAAUUGUAAAAGAAAACAGUUGAGAUAUAUAAAAUUUGAUCAAGACAAUGUCAGAGGACAACAAGAAAAAACUAAGUCAAAAUAAUGUGGCACGCUAAUGUUCGAGAUUUUGAUUAGAACUGUAAAAGAAAUUUGUACUUGCUAACAAAAUUAAGCAUUAUUGUCUUUCUGAGUA